UUCUGCCUGUGGCAUGCUCCGACAGCAUCAUUCCCCCCUUCCAUCGCAAGCACAUGUCCGUAUCCGCUUCGACGUAUCUUCGCAGGUUGGAGGAGGACAGCGGGUCCGACACCCUCAACAUCGUGCUGGGUACAGCCACGGGGGUGAUUGUCCUCGUGAUCUUGAUCCUGUUCUGCCAUUCGAAGCGCAAAUCCAAGCAGCGGCGCGAGGCGAGGCGGUUGCGCCGUGAGCGGCAAGGGCAUGCCCCGUCUGCCGUUCCGAAAGACAGCGAUGUAUACAUGGAAGCGGACAAUCGAACGAUCAACUUGCCGAUGAUGGGCCAUCAACAACACAACCAGAACGGUGGAGGAAAACAACGCGACGAACAAGACAUCUACAUCAUGCGCAACAGCGAAGACGUCGACUACCACAAUCAUGCCAAUGGUCAGAAACCUGCCAAUGUGGCCGCCCCGUUGCCAUUCAAGAUGGACCCGACGCUCUUGAAAGCCAAGGUCGACUACUCGGACAUUCAAUACACGCGCAAGCUGAGCAAGGGGGCAUUCGGCGAGGUGUGGCUCGGUCAGUUCCAAGGCAGCUACGUCGCCAUCAAGCAGAUCCUCGAGGAGCGCAAGACCGACGCCAAGGAGAUCGAGUGCUUUGUCGCCGAGAUCAAGCUCAUGGCGACGUUCCAGCACCCCAACAUUGUCGACUUUCUUGGGUUCUCGUGGAACCCCAAGGACGCCAAUCUGUGUGCCAUGACCGAGUACAUGAAGAACGGCGACUUGUUUGUGUUCCUGCAAAAACGAAAGGCUACGCUGACGUGGCGCCACGACAAGAUCCAAAUCGCCAUCGACAUUGCGCAAGCGCUGGUGUACCUCCAUUCCCUCAGCCCCAAGGUCAUUCAUCGCGACCUCAAGUCCAAGAAUGUGCUGCUCGACGACCGAUGCACGGCCAAGCUGAGCGACUUUGGCAUUUCGCGCCUGCGUCAACUCGAAGAAACCAUGACCGCGGGCGUCGGCACGGCGCUGUGGGCCGCCCCCGAGGUGUUUCUCGCGAUGAAAUACAACGACCGCGCGGACGUGUACUCGCUCGGCGUGGUGCUGUCGGAACUGGACACGUGUGCGAUCCCGUAUGCUGACCAAGCGAUCGGCAAGAACGGCAAGCUCGACGGCAUGGCCGUGAUCAAGCUCGUGACCCAGCAGAAGGCCAAGCCGACGUUCUCGCCGUCGUGUCCGGAGGAAGUGCGGGCGCUGGCGUUCCGAUGCUUGGACUACGAGCCGGACAACCGUCCCUCGGCCGCCGAAGUCGUCGAGAUUCUCAAGACCCACGUGCGACCGGCAUUAGAACAAGUCUAAUACUUUAUCCUUCUCUUUUUGUCGCAACGGUCGACGUAUGUAACAGAUUAUUACUAUACAGUAUGGGUGAUGUUCCGUGACACUUUUUUU